AGAAUACAUGUACACUGGACGAAGUGUGAAAGACGUAUUGGGCUUUGUACUCAUUAUUGUAUAGUGUAUAUAGGCCUUUUCCCCAAUUUGUUGUGUGUUGACAGUACACAAAUCAAAGCGUGUGUAAACGCACAUACAUAUGGAAUGAUACCAAGUGACAGAACGCAUCUACCAAUAAAUCAUAGUUUUCCAUCUGCACUUCAUGAAUGGAUAAGUUUUGUUUAGUACGCACCUCGAGUCAUCGUGACUGGAUUUGACAACCGCGUAUUAAUCAUCACAGAGCACGUUUUGUGAGAUAUAGAGAGCGACAAUCGUUUAUAUAGUAACGCUGCAAGAUGGACACCGUGGACACCAAAUCUGUCGAAGUGCUCGAGGAAAAACUACCGGCCUGAAACGCUUUUAAAAUAUUCCUUUGAAUUAAUAUAUUCUGAAAAACGGGGAUCCUGCCUCCUGAUAUGAAAUGGGUGAUCCGGAGGAAGAGGGUAGGAGCAUUUCCGAAUCGUCGGAUACUGCCGAAAACUCAACGAAACCAGCCGAAGGUGACACGGAAACUACCGAGAAGGACACGAUGAAUGGGGUCUGUAUUGAAUGUGGGAAACCUCCUUCUUUCUACAGCAUCUAUGACAGACAGAAAAUACUGUUUUGCUCUUCAGAAUGUCACGGAAAGAGAAAUGAAAAAGAAAGAUCACCAAAUCUAAUGCUUGUUAAGCUGGUGGAGAAGAAGAGUGAUGAUGUCGAAGAUAAAGCUAACGAGGAGAAGGAUACUGAUGAACUAGUAGAUGCAGCGCUUGAUCAGGACAUCUUUGAAUGCUGUCAUGGCGGACUCACGAACAACACAAAUCUGCAUAAGUUAUUAGAAGGUGGGGCUGAUGUAAAUCAAAAGGAUCCAAGCGACCAACCAUUGCUCAUCUACGCGGUAGCAAAUGGUGACGUCACGACUAUCAAUCUCUUAUUGGAGAAAGGUGCUGACAUUAAUCAACGCGGUAAAGGACAGACCACGCCCCUUAUGACUGCAGCUGAUAUUGGUGCUAAAGAAAAGGUUUCAUUCUUAUUAAGUAAAGAUGCAGACACGAUAUUAAAAGAUGACGAUGGAAAGACAGCGCUCCAUAGAACUGAAAGAAAUCGAAAUACCAAGUGUGCUGAGUUGCUGAUCGAGAAAAAUCCCGAACUCUUACAAGCUCGUGACAACUGUCAACAAACUAUUUUACAUCAAGCGGCUGGGGAGGGCAAUAAGGAUCUUGUUGAAUUUUUGUUAGAGAAGGACGCCGAUCUGUGUGCCAUGGACAAUCUAGAUCGAUCAGCCCUUCAUUGGGCGGUCAUACAAGGCAUGGAAUCAGUAGUGGAAAAUCUACUUGAACGUGAUUGUUCUAAAGUAAUCGACCUACCUGAUCGAUUUGGAGUCAGAUCGAUACAUUAUGCGAUACAGAGCAAUAGAGCAGAUAUCGCGGAACUGCUUAUCGGGAAGGGAUGCGAGUUGGAGGCUGGCGAAUCGAGAGGUCUGACCGCUCUUAUUUAUGCAGUAGCAUGCGGGAAGAAAGAAAUGCUCAAUAUCAUGAUACCAAGGUGCAAAAAUAUAGAUAUCACAGAUAAAAAGGGUUGGACGGCUCUCCAUCAUGCUGCUAAACGAGGGGACGAUGACGUAUGCAUCCUCCUUCUCGAUCACCAAGCCAAGUCUGAUGUCAAGGAUUCAACGGAACAACAAACACCUCUUAUUAUAGCAGUCAAUAGUAAACAACUCGGUGUGGUUAAAAUUUUGAUAGAGAGGACCCCUUCGUGUAAGGAUAUCACGGACGCCAAGGGAAGAUCUAGUCUUCAUUACGCUGCUGCAAAUGGUUAUCUCGACAUUCUUAGUGUUUUAUUAGAUACGACAGGAGAUUCGCAGGAAGACGGGGAUGCAGAAUUGCAAGAUUUCAUCAACUCAAAGGAUAGCUCUGGUUAUAGCGCCCUCUAUCUGGCUGCAAAGAACAAUCACAGAGAUUGUUGCAAGCAUCUCAUUGACAAAGGAGCGAUCAUCGAGGAUUCCUGCCGAGAUCUUCUCUUUGAAUUGGGUUUAAUUGAUCCUCAGGUAGAAGAAGAGGAGAAUGAAGACAGGAGCAGUACGUCAUCCCGCCAGCGGUAUGGGGUCGAUGAAACGUCGGAUGAGACAGAAAAAAUCGAAGACUUAGAUCUAGGCAAGCUUACAGACAACAAUGCGGUAGCACUCAACUCACGAUACAUAUACGAAGGGAAGAGCCCGGCUCCGAAGUCCACCUCACCAAGGAGACCAAUGAACGUGAUACCUCGACGAGCCACCGACGUCGAUGAUCAGGAGACGUUCAACGUUCAUUGGAAGAAUAUUCUGGAAAAGAAACGACGAGCCGAGCAGGGAGUUAAGACGAGGCGGAGCAAAGAGAGCCUAAAAUCACCCUACGCCCAGCCUUUAGUAAACUCGGAAAUUUUACGGAGAUACGAAGGACUGAGGCGUGCCCAACAGCGGACAUCGUCGGGGGAUUCGACCACCAAAUCAACCGUGACGACAGGAUACAGAUCAAAUAGAAUUUACUCAGGUGGAAGUGACGACGGAUCAAAGACUAUUAACACGCCGGUGAAAAUGAGAAGUAAAAGCAGUUACUCGCAGGGUAAAAAAUAUUCCUAUUCCGUAGUGACCAGAUAGCAGACAGGUUUGAUAUUCAGGUUAUAUUUUGAAUGGGCAGUUUUGAUCAAACGUCGAAUGGACAUCCACGUUCUUCGGAUUAAUCGGUUAAAGAAUAAAGUUCUUAUACGAUACGUUCAUCUAGUUAAAAGAUCAGAAGAACUAUUAUGUAAUAAGGAAAAGGGAUACAUCGAAUUCCGCCAUCAUAAUCAUUUUAAUGUGUAAAAUGUUUGUUUUUUAUUUUCCCGAAAUUGCUCUUUUACAUGUACGCAAAAGAGUCAAUCUUGUCCCUAUAUCACUGUGCUCUCGGAGUGAGAUUGGAUUUACGUCUUUUGAGAGUUGAUUUUAUCCAUCUUUAGAUUGAAAAUGUCGAAAAAAAAGAUUCAUAAUUCACUCCAGAAAAACUCAAAUGCACUCUAUAGGGAUUUAUAAUUCACUCCAAAGGGAAUGUUCCCUAUACAGUAUCACUCCGGGGUGUGGUUGGGGAGUACAGUUGCUCCUUUGGAUUUAGUUUACUGCCAAUAGAUUUUGAUUGGAUCAUAGGAAGCAAUUCAUACAUCACAAUCACAAUGUAUUACUUUCCCUAUUGAAUUAUGCCAAGUCAAUAAUCUUGAACGUAUAAGCUAAUGGUUUCAUAAUAUCGGUUAAUUAUUACACGCAUUAGAGAUUAAUAUCAAUUCAAGAUGAAGGAGCGUGAAAUAGAUCAAGGUUAGACGUUUAUCAUAUUCAAAGUCAAGCCAAUUUAUCCUUUACAAUGUCCCAGUGCGGAAAACGAGCGCAAUGAACUGUUUUGACUACUGACAUUCCAUAAUUUCUAUCCGAGCCAAUCUGCUUUUUAUAAAUAGCUUUAUCAUCGCUUAAAAUGAUAUUUUUAUAAUCAAAUGCAUGUAUGACUUUAAUUCAUUUUGAUUUGUGCAUUCGAUUGUCUAGGGAAGUCAUAUUACUCAUGAAAUAUGGAUAAACAAAAUGAAUUUAGGGAUGUAUUCAUCUUUGAAAGGUUUGAAAGCUAUGCAAUUAUGAAGUCAAUUGUAGUCAAUUUCCCAUGAAAAAAAAAUAGUAUUAAUCUAUGUUAGGCAUUUUAAUGCAUUAUUUUUUUUUUUAUUUUAAAUGUUUAAAUGCAUUAAAAUGCUGCUCGCGUCAUUGUUUACAGGUGCUAAACUUGUCUACUACUUUCCAAUGUUCUGUGGUUACGUCAGCUAUAAGAGUGGGUGAUCAAUAUCUUAAAAUCGAUGGAUCGUUUAUGAAAUUAGUUCUUCUUAAAAAGAAAAAAAAACUUUCAUCGUUUUGUGGAGUAUCAACAGAAUAUCCAUGCAAUGAAGAUGGUGUAAUAUUGGUUGACAGAUAAGGAGGAGACCGUUUGGCCAUACAGGGUCUGGGUUUUCAAUAUGAUGGGAGAGAAAGCAAAUCAAAGCCUUUCUGGUGAUUGAUUGCUCUUGGUAUAAUGGUGAUUCCCCAUGUUUCACAUCCAAUUGUAAAGGUACAAUUGAGGGGGUCACCUUCGCAGAGCCUGUUAAAUGUAGUUUUACAGAAGAGUACUAAAAAUGCUGGUUAUGAUUCAAUUUAGACGAAAAGCCUUAAGAAUAAAAAUAAUAGUUAUUUUUAGAGCAAAUUCUAUGAAGUUACAAGACCCAUUCUUAUGGCACGGGUGGGUAAGUGCUAUGGGGUGCCAACAGUAGAGUUAAAUUUCUCGUGACCGUGAUAUGCGUUUUAUGAUGUAUAUACAGUAUUUAUUUGUCAAUCGCACAAUUUGUGAACAUUCGUUAUUUUGUACAAGUGUGCUGAAAACGUGUGCCGAAAAUAAUAAUAGUAAGAAUAGUGUUAUUUUUCUAACAUGUAAAUAGUUGUGUAUGGAUAUGUAUAACUUGACUGUAAAGUAUAGAGCAUUAUCUAAUUGUGGAAAAAAUCUUGCUUUUGUUCAUUUUGUGAUGCCCAAUUUUGUUAUCGAUUAACAACAAGUCUGGAGGAAGAUAUGUAGGAAACGGGUUUCAAGAACCUUAAUGCGUCGCAGUAUGCAUACGCAUCUAAAUCUAUAAAAUAUAUAGAAUAUUGAUUAUUUUCCUCUUUUGGGCUUUUAAUACUGAAUGCUAGCAAACCACACUGGGUAUCUGGACCCAAUAACACAAACAUUUACGAUGAAUUGCAAAUAUGAAAGAACGCUUCUGAUUGGCUCCUGGUUAUGUGUUAAACAAAAUGCUUGUGAUACACUGAUCAUGAUUGGCCGUUGACAUUUAGAGGUUGAUUGUAAACCUUUAUGCUACUGUAGUGCCCCGACAAUGAAUUCCCCAAAUCCAAGAGAUUUUUUCUUAUAAAAUUAUUAAAGAUGGAAUUCUAAAAAGUAUGAUAAAAUGCAAGCAAAUAAUUAAAAAAUAUCAAUAAUUUAUUAUAGAAAAUAUCACAUUUAUACUCUGUACCUAUUUAUGUUGUGAUUGAAACCAUUUCGAAGUGUGAUUUGAAGUAAUUGUGUUUGAAAGUAAUAUUUUGGCUGUAUUUAUAGAGUUGUUUGCUGCAUUUAACAACUCGAUUCGUUUCAUCUCACAUUUCUAGUAUUAAAGUAUUAAAAUGAACAAAA